AUGCGCUUCCUCUUCCCCACACGCCUGAUCAUCAACUCGCCAGGUCUUCUCCGAUCUCCACGCGCCGCCGCGCCGAUCCGUUCCCUCUUGUUUGGCAGAAAGUCUCCGGUCUUCCGAUCGGCGGUGGCUGCCUUCUCUUCGCCGAUGGCGAUUCCUCCUAGCAUAUCCGUUAAUCACUCGGAAGAAGCUCUACCGGGGAAGCUGUGGAUCAAGUUUAACAGAGAGUGCCUCUUCUCUAUCUACAGCCCCUUCGCCGUCUCUUUGGCCGCCGGAAAUCUCGAGAUCGAGACAUUCCGCCAUUAUAUUGCGCAGGAUGUUCAUUUCCUUAAGGCGUUUGCUCACGCGUAUGAAUUGGCUGCAGAGUGUGCUGAUGAUGAUGAUGACAAACUGGCAAUUUCCAACUUGAGGAAAAGUGUGAUGGAGGAAUUAAAAAUGCACGACUCAUUUGUACAGGAUUGGGAUUUAGACAUCAAUAAAGAAGUGGGUGUUAACUCAGCAACAUCGAAAUACACCCAGUUCUUGUUAGCUACAGCAUCAGGAAAAGUAGAAGGACUCAAAGCUCCCGGAAUGCUUGAUACCCCAUUUGAGAAAACAAAAGUUGCCGCCUACACGCUUGGCGCUGUGACACCUUGCAUGAGGUUGUAUGCCUUUCUCGGUAAGGAGUUUGGAGCACUUCUAGAUCCUACUGAAGUAAACCACCCCUACAAGAAAUGGAUCGAUAGCUAUUCAAGUGAUGCUUUCGAGGCAUCAGCCAAGCAAACUGAAGACUUACUCGAGAAGCUUAGUGUCUGUAUGACUGGUGAAGAACUGGACAUUAUUGAAAAGUUGUAUCGGCAGGCAAUGAAACUUGAAGUAGAGUUCUUCCAUGCCCAACCUCUUUCUCAGCCUACCGUAGUUCCACUGCUCAAGAACCACUCAAAAGAUGACCUCGUGAUAUUUUCUGAUUUUGAUCUUACGUGCACUGUUGUGGAUUCUUCUGCUAUAUUAGCGGAAAUAGCAAUCGUCACUGCCCCAAAAGAUGACCAGAGUCGAUCUGCGCAACAGAAUCAUCGGAUGCUGUCGGCUGACCUGAAGAACACCUGGAGUCAACUCUCUAAACAGUAUACAGAGCAUUAUGAAGAGUGCAUAGAGAGUAUUCUAAAUAAGGAAAAAGCGGAAAAGUUUGACUAUGAGGGUUUAUGUGAAGCACUAGAGCAGCUCUCAGAUUUUGAGAAAAAGGCAAACAAUCGAGUGAUCGAGUCUGGUGUGCUCAAGGGACUUAAUCUCGAAGACAUUAAGCGAGCUGGGGAAAGGUUGAUUCUUCAAGAUGGCUGCAUGGAUGUCUUCAAGAAAAUAUUAAAGACUGAGAAUCUGAAAGCAAAAGUUCACGUGCUCUCGUAUUGUUGGUGUGGUGAUCUCAUCAGAGCAGCCUUCUCUGCUGGCGGAGUAGAUGCAGUGGAAGUACAUGCAAAUGAAUUCACAUUCGAGGAAUCAAUCUCGACCGGAGAAAUCGAAAGGAAGGUGGAAUCUCCGAUCGACAAGGCUCAACAGUUCAAAAGCAUCCUACAAAGCAAAAAGGAGGAAGAUGAGAAGAAAAGCCUUCUCACCGUUUAUAUCGGAGAUUCAGUAGGGGACUUGCUCUGUCUCCUGGAAGCAGACAUAGGAAUAGUGGUUGGCUCUAGCUCGAGCCUCAGGAGAGUGGGAAGCCAUUUCGGGGUCUCGUUCGUGCCUUUGUUCUCUGGAAUCGUCCAGAAACAGAAACAACACAGUCAAGAAGAAGAAUCGUCCCCAACCUGGAAGGGACUCUCUGGCACGCUUUACACAGUUUCAAGCUGGGCAGAAAUUCAUUCCUUUGCUCUUGGAUGGGAGUAA